AUGCCCUGGAAGAGCUUCAGAAUAUAUUCCAGGAGGAGGAAUCUGAGGAAGAUUUCUUGCGUUUCCCAGAAGACAGCACAGGGGACGAAGCAAGUGAUGGGGGGAGCUGGCACCGACCAGACGGCACCUCAUCACAGGAAUCAUCCGAAGAAGAAAGCAGCCUCAGUGAGGAUCCUGGAGCUUCCGGGGCUGGCUGCUCUCGCUGCGCAGCGAUUGACCGUUCAGCUGAGAUCAGGCCUUCAGCUUUUCCUGACCCCGGCUGUGAUGAGCCACCUGCUACACUUCACCAACAAAUUUGGAGGAGAGGUGUUUGGGCAACAUUGGAGUCCCCUGUCGGAAGAUGAACUGUGGGCAUACCUAGGCCUACGCAUUCUGGCGGGAGCUUUCAGGUCCGCAGGAGAGAAUAUGGAGGACCUCUGGUCUCCCGUGCACGGCAGGCCACACUUCAAGGCGACGAUGUCGAUUGCGGCUUUCAAAAAAAUCAACAGGGUCCUUCGGUUCGAUGACCGGCAGGAACGCAGGCGAAUCGAUAACAGUGACAAACUUGCUCCGGUCCGCGAUUUCUUGGCCUUAUUCAGAGAUACCCUUGCAAAACCCUUCAUCCCAGGUGACAGUGUUAUGGUUGGUGAACAACUAGUGGCUUUCAGGGGAAGGUGCCCAAUCAUGCAGUACGUGCCAUCUAAACCUGCAAAAUAUGGCAUAAAAUUCUGGAUGUGCUGUGACUCCAGAACCAGUUAUGUCCACAACGUGGACAUCUAUUCAGGGAGGGUAGAAGGUGCUCCAGCUGCAGAGAGUCUGGGACAAAGGGUGGUGUUGCAGCUCACGGAACAUUUGCGUGGAUCAGGGAGAAAUGUCACCACAGGCGAUUUCUUUACAAGCGCAGCGCUGGCAAGGGAGCUUGGAAAGAAUGAGAUGACUCUGGUGGGCACACUAGGAAAACGAAACCCAGAAAUCCCACUGGAGUUUCUGCCCAACAAAAAGAGGACUGUCCUGAGUUCGAUUUUUGGCUUCCAGGACGACUUAACUCUAGUCAGCUAUGUGCCAAAGAAGGGGAAAGCGGCGAUUUUGCUUUCAUCGAUGCACAAUUCAGCCACGGUUUCAGGACCAAGAUCAACGCCGGAAAUAAUAAUACAUGUCUCCUACGAUGUCUCAAAAAUCAACGCGUCACUUUUCCAUGUUAAAGGGUUUCCUGGUGUGAUCAUAAAAGUAGAACCAGAAGAGGAACCCUGGGUCUCGGACCUCCAGGCUGAGGGGACGGCGACUGUGUUGGGUGCCCAGUCAGGGAAUGAGUGUGUAAAAGAAGAGGAAGAGGAGAACUUUCUGCUGGGAAACACUAAACACGACAAAACGACGCUCGCGGUGGCCAAAGGGGGCGUGUUCCGUUAUCUGGGGAAGUCAGAUCAAUACAGGUCAGAAAAGCAGCUGGGAAAUUACCCUGGGAAGAGAGUUGGAAAGAAACCCUACAAAAGUUCCUAUUAUGGCAAAAUCUUCAUUUGGAGAAAAUACUUUCUCACUCAGGAGAAGGCUCAUACAGGGGAGAAACCGUACAAAUGUUCCAGUUGCGGGAAAACCUUCAACGUGAGAUCCUACCUCCUUGCCCAUGAGAGAACCCACACAGGGGAGAAGCCGCACAAGUGUUCGCUUUGUGGGAAAGGCUUCAAUGUGAGGUCGUACCUGAUCGCUCACUGGAGAACCCACACGGGAGAGAAGCCCCACAUCUGCUCGUUCUGUGGGAAAAGCUUCAGUGGGCGGUCGAACCUGAACAGGCACCAAAGGAGCCACACGGGGGAGAAGCCAUACACGUGCGCUGUCUGUGGGAGAAGCUUCAGUCACAAAGCUCACAUGAUCAGGCACGAGCGGAUCCACACAGGGGAGAAACCCUACAAGUGCUCGCAGUGUCUGAAGAGCUUCAGCCAGAGCUCGACCCUCAUCGCCCACGAGAGGACCCACACGGAAAAGCCGUACAAGUGCUCGCACUGCGAGAAGAGCUUCAGCCAGAGCUCUAAACUGGCCGCCCACGAGAGAACCCACACGGGAGAGAAACCCUAUGAGUGCCCCUCCUGCGGGAAAGGCUUCAAUCAUCGGUCCGAUUACAUCAUCCACGAGAGAACCCAUACGGGAGACAAACCGUACCCAUGUUCCAUCUGCGGGAAAGGCUUCAGCGGAAGGUCCAACCUGACGAGACACGAAAGAAGCCACACGGGAGAGAAGCCGUACCUCUGCUCACUCUGCGGGAAGGGCUUCUGCCACAAGGCCCACCUUCUCCGACACGAGAAAAUCCACACGGGGGAGAAGCCGUACAAAUGCGCGGCUUGUGGUGAGAGCUUCAAGCAUCGGACCGACCUCAUCGGCCAUGAGCGGAGUCAUUCGGGGGUCAAACAGUACACCUGUGCAGCCUGCGGGAAGAGCUUCAGCGGAAAAUCUAACCUGAACAGGCACAAAAGGAGCCACACGGGUGAAAAACCUUACUCCUGCCUGGUGUGCGGCAGAAGCUUCAGUCACAAGGCACACCUGAUCAGGCACGAGAGGAUCCAUACAGGAGAGAAACCAUAUAAAUGCUUAGUCUGUGGUAAAAACUUCAAUAGAAGAUACCAUCUUGAGGCACACACGAGAAUUCAUACUGGAGAGAAGCCAUAUAAAUGCUCAGAUUGUGGAAAGAGUUUCAGUUGGAAAACUUACCUUAUUGUCCACAGGAGAAACCAUACAGGAGAGAAACCGUUUACAUGCUCAGUCUGUGGGAAAAGCUUCAGUCAGAGUUCACACCUUGCUGGUCAUGAAAGAAGUCACAGAGGUGAAAAACCAUACUCAUGCUCAGCAUGUGGGAAAAGUUUUGGUAAAAGCUCACAGCUUCGUGUCCAUGAGCGAAUUCACACUGGUGAGAAACCAUACAAAUGCUCAGUCUGUGGGAAAUGUUUUAGGCAUAAAUCAAGUGUGGUUACACACAGGAGGAUUCAUAUGAAAGAAAGUCCAUGUGGGCCCUCCAUAUUUCACAGCAGCCUUAGAUGUGAAAAUAUACAGGGAGAUGAAAAUCCAUAUACCUGCUCCGUCUGUGGCAAAACCUUUGGUAACAGAUCAAUCCUUAGUACUCAUGAGCUGAUCCAUACAGGAGAAAAACCAUAUACAUGUUCAGUCUGUGGUAAAAACUUCGGUCAGAAAUCAUCUGUUAUGAGACACGAAAACAUUCACUCACCAAAGAAACAAUAUAAAUGCUCAGUCUGCAGUAAAAGCUUCAGUUGUAAGAAGCAACUAGUUAAGCACAAAAGAGCCCAUUCACGAGAAACAACAUACAAAUGCUCCAUCUGUGGUAGCAGCUUUAAUCAAAGAUCAAACCUUAUUGUGCAUGAGAAAAUUCACACGGGAGUCAAACCCUAUGCGUGUUCCAUCUGUGGGAAAAGCUUCAACCAAAGAUGUCAGUAUAGCCAGCAUGCUAGAGCUCAUAAAGAAGGAAAACCAUAUAUGUGUUCAUUCUGUGGCAGACGCUUCAAUCGCCAAACUUACUUCAUCAGGCAUGAAAAAACCCACACACAGGAGAAACCAUAUGCAUGCUCUUUAUGUGAUGAAAGCUUCAACUGCAGGACACACCUUAUUACACACAAGAGGGGUCACACAGGAGCUGUACCGUUAGCAUGCUCAGUCUGUGGUAAGAGUUUCAGUUGUAAAGCGCAUCUUGCUGUUCAUGAGAGAGUUCACACAGGAGAGAAACCCUAUUCAUGUUCUGUCUGUGGUAAAAGCUUCGCUCAAAGGUCAAAUCUUACUUGUCAUGAAAGAAUCCACAGAGAAAAGAAAAGUGUCUCAUCUCUUCCUAAAUAACGCAAGGACAAAGAAAUUCACAGCCAGCAUCAUGUACUGGUUAGAGGAUGAGACUAGAACCUGGUUAGCGGAUAAGACUGGCACCUGGUUCAAAUCUUCACUCUCCCGAGGAAGCUUGUUCUAUGACCUUGGAGCCUAACCUACCUCAUGGGAUUGCUGUUGUGAGGAUAAAGUGGAAGAGGAGAGAAUGAUGUUAUA